AUGGGACAGGAAAAGCAGAGCUGGCUUAGAAAUGUAUUUGAUUCAGAGUACUUUGUAUUCUGGAUGGCACUAACAUGUCUUUCACGGUACAAGGAGAAGGAAAUACAUCAAUACUUAUGCUAUAAAAUAUACCAGACUAAAAGAGAAGAGGCAGUGUUGUACUAUCCGCAGUUGUUCCAUCUAAUGCUGGCUGAGGAUGGGCAGUUAUGGAAUAGGCCAAUAUUCCGGCUGUUGUACAAAAUAUCAAGAAGCAAUAGGCAUUUUAUGUCCGCCCUAGCAAUGUAUUCAGUCUCAGUAUCUGAUUCAUACAGGAUAGACCAGGAGAAGGAAAAAACAAAGUACCGGAUAUGUUUGGAAUUUGCCAGGAUUAUAUCGCAUGUUAGUUAUCCCUGUGUGAAGCCCAGGCACCACAUAACAAAAGAGACGCUUUACACAAAGUAUCUAAGAAUGACAUACGGCUCAAAGGUUGGCAUGUCACCAAGUGCAGCGCAUAUGCUAAGCCAGCAGAAGCAGUUUUACUCCCUGCCAGAGAGUCCUACAAGAAAGAAAAAAGAGCUUGAAUAUUCUGUAAAGUCUGCCAUUGCCUCUUUGCUAUCUGGGAUUGCUGCGGUGUCAGACACCGUCCAGCAUAAGUAUUUAGUAGACGUAUCUUUGUGCAACAGAGUGUACCACAAAAAGCGGAUUAUAUAUAAAAACCAGGCAGAGAAAAUAGAAGGAAUAAUAGCAAAGAACUCAAAAGAAAACAGUUUUAUAGAGAGGCUGAAUACUAUUUCGACCUCACUUAUUUCAAUUCCACGGCACAUGCGAGAGCAGGCAUUUAUUACAGAAAUAAACCUGCUAAACCUAUACCUGCCAGAUAAAAUAUGUCUUUCUAUGUUCUGUCCAGGGAGUUCGCACACUUCUAUACUAAGCAUAUCAGCAGAGCUUUCUAAAACACUAGACUCAGCCACGAGAGCACCUUUUAUGCUGGUGUACGAGGCUGCAAAUGAGUCUUCGUGGGUGAAUAGAAGUAAGCCUGCUGGCUCUUUGAUGUCCUACGAGAAGUACUCUGGGGAUACUAAAGACAAGAAGCAGGAAACAAAGGAAAGAGUAUUUAAAACUGCAAUAAAAAUACUUGGUGGGCUAAAAGAGCUAGACUCUAGUUCGCAUGUAGACAUGGACAUUCUUUCGAUAAAAACAAGAGUUAUAAAGAAGAUAUACAGCAUGCACACUCCGCAGUACACCACACCUACAAAUACCAAGUAUGUGGAUGAGUGGUCAGCAGCGGUUAAUGAAGUGAAGAAGAAGUCUAUCUAUCGAGAGAUGGACGGGUGGAGAAUGAACUCACUUAUUAUCAAAACUGGGUCAGAUAUGAAACAGGAGCAACUGGCCUCCCAGAUACUUGGUGUUAUAGAAAGUAUAUGGAAGCAAGAAAAAACAGGACUGUUCCUAAACGCGUAUAAAACAAUGGUCACUGGAAGAGAUUCUGGUAUAAUCGAAACAAUACAAGGCGCAAAGUCGAUACAUCAGAUUAAAAAGCAUCUUAAAGAACGCGGAGCUGCCCAGAAUAUUAUGGAGUAUUUUAUAGAAAACUGGAAGGACAAGAUAGAUGAGGCACGAGAAACGUUUUUUAAGAGUCUGGUGGCAUACUCUUUAGUCUCUUACAUAUUGCAGAUAAAGGACCGGCAUAAUGGAAACAUUUUAAUUGGAAGCAAGGGAGAACUCUUCCACAUUGAUUUUGGGUUUGUUCUGGGGUCGCACCCAGGAUUCUAUUCUGUAGAGUCUGCCCCGUUUAAGUUUUCUAUUGAGUAUGCAGAGGUAGCAGGAGAGGAAAGAAUGAGCAGAUUCAAAAGUGAGUUUCUGAAAGGAUUUUUAUCACUGCGAAAGAAUAUGGACCACAUAAUAAUAUUGGUAGAAAGUGUUGCAAAGUCCGGAGGGAUUCUUUCCAUCACACAGAAUUCUGUGUACACUCUCCGAGAAAGGUUCCAGCCAGGCCUUACCAUACAAGAGUUCUCAGAGAAUGUUUCUGAUAUAGUGGACAAAGGAAUGAAAAAUGUGUUUACUGAUAUAUACGAUUCACUGCAGUACUACACUCAAGGGUAUUGUAAAUAGAUCCAUGCACGUGCGCUGAACAAAGUGGUUAAUAAAUUAAGC